CAACAUCAUCAUUCUUUACGCCAAUUCUUUUAGUUGUGUGGUAAUAAUCGUUAUGUUACGCAAGUCGUUUUCGUUCUUUUCUGUUUAUCUACAGUAUUCUAGUUGUAAGAGUCCACUGCAAAAGAAAGUAGAAAGAACGUUGUGGAGAUCUUUUUUGUCAACCUAUCAACGAAGACUCUUUGCUGUAGCACCACCAGUUGAUGUUCUUAGACUCUCCUCACAAAAUCGAAAGCCUUGCUCCUUAGGCUUGUGGAAUCUCAAGUCAACAUACUCAACACAUGGUGAAGGGAAGGAGGGAAACGUGCCAUAUUCAGGAGAUGGCAAAGAAGAACCUCAGUCUUCGUCGGACGCUUCUUAUAAAGGCACAGACAAAGAAAGUUCAAAUAAUGGUUUUUCCAAAGCUGGGUCAGGCAAGUCUGAAACAUGGAAAAUGAAAGUACGUUUAUUACAGUACUGUUCUUCUACAGAUAGAGGUCAAAACGCCAGUCACAAACAAAGACUAGCUAUCGAGGAGUUGGCUUCUUCGCUUGAAACGUUAAAUCCUACUCCAAACCCAGUAGAGGCAACCCAAAUGGACGGUUGGUGGUAUUUAAGUUAUGUUUCAGAAAAAUUUUAUGCCACAAACGCACUUCUUGCUGCUGCUUCUAUCACUCCUUUGGUUUCUGUGGGUCAAGUCCGACAGCAAAUUUCAAUUGCUAGUGGUGAACUCACCAAUGAGGUUGACUUGAUUCUGUUUCCGAAUAUUACUGGAACUUUAGUCACCAAAGCAAGGAUCAAUCCUUUAGAUGGUGAACGCUUGCAAGUCUCUAAUGAAACCACUACAAUAAGAGGGAAAUCUAUUGGCGAACAGUUUGAUCUUGGUAGUCUAAAACUGGACAUUCCCGUUGAUGAACUGAUACGGAGACUCAAAGGCACUAGUCCGGAGUCGUUCCUGGACACAUAUUAUUUGGACGAAGACUUGAGAAUAAGUCGUACACAAGGGGGUCGCUUAUUUGUAUUCACACGAUUUGCAGAAGAUUAAUUGCGAGUGAGCCUUUGUGUGUGUUUCAUGGUGCACAGUAUUGGAUCCUUUUAGAUGUAAUUUCAAAUAAAGGAACAUGUGAAUAAGAUAAGAACUCAUUGGUUUAAGAAAUUAUCAAAGUCAUAG